UAGUUUCUGCUUUCUAGCUGCCGCUGAAUUCCAAACUUUGAUUGAGUUUAGUGUUCACUCAAUUUUUAAUUCUAUGCGAAAACAACUACGAUAAGGUAUCAAUUAUUCUGGUCUCGUGAUAAGUUUAUUAAUCCUUAAAUCGGGACCACGCCUUCGCUUCAAUUAGUUUACAAUCAGCUGUUGAAGUGUACGAGCGUCCUAAGUUUUUAUUCCUAAGAAUUAUUAUUUAUUUUCGUCUGAUAAUUGAUAAAAUUUGUGCUAAGAAUGUCAGUGUUGAAUAAUUUUACUGUGUCGAUUGCGAAAGGAUUGCGGCGUCUAAGAAGUAAAGAAGUACCAGCGCGUCGUCAGCAUGCAUCGAAAGAGCAAAAACUCAAAAUGGAAAAAUGCCUCAUUGUGUCAAAGGUCACGAGAUAUGAAUAUGAAAAGCACAGUCAUGACAACAUAUCAAAUUGGGAACUAGAGAAGAUACUACGGAAUCGUGGAUCCGACUAUGAAUCGAUGCUGUCGAAUCAUAAUGAACAGAAAUCCUUUGAAGAGGGAGUGGCUAAGGCGUUGAAAGAAAUGGGAGUUAAAGUUGAAAUGGCUAGUAGGUUAACAUAUAACGAAGAAAUGAUAAAUUGGUGCGAUGCAGUUGUCCCAUGUGGUGGUGAUGGGACAUUUCUACUCGCCGCUUCAAGGGUCAGAGACGCAAAUAAACCAGUGAUUGGAUUCAACAGCGCGCCGCAUAAGUCCGUGGGACGCCUGUGCCUGCCCACCUGGUGUUCCAAUGACCUCAAGGGUGCGCUACAAGCUUUGAAGGAGGGCAAGUUUCGUUGGAUGCGUCGUUCACGAAUACGUACGACGAUCACGAGCGACCCGAAACUGUUGGAUACGAUCACGCCCGUUGAUUUGCACACUCUGCAUUUUUGUAGAUAUCCGCCCGUGUCAAACCAAGAAGACAGCCAGGAAGCGGCUACGAGACUUAACGACGCUCAAGAGGAGAGUAAAUCUAGUUUAGCCACAAAGGUGCUGCCGUUUUUAGCUCUGAACGAGGUAUUUAUAGGGGAGAGUGUGACGUCACGGGUGUCUCUUCUCCGUCUGAAGAUAGAUGAUGGGAAAUGGGCUCAUACUAAGAGUUCCGGACUCUGCGUUACAACCGGAACCGGAAGUACCUCGUGGCAUUACAGCAUAAACUGCCUCAGAACCCACUCAGUGCUGGAGUUAAUGAAGAUCCUCCAUGAAGAGUACGGGGUCGAUCUGGACACGUCUUUGGAGAAGGCCCGCGAGGUCACCGAGAAGUACAACACCAAGUUAAUGUUUCCAUCAGAUUCCGAACAAUUAGCGUACUCCGUCCGCGAGUACAUAACCUUCGAGGAAUGGCCGGCCCCUCGAGGUCUCAGGGUCAGGGACAGGGCCGAAGCCGUCACCGUUCGGAGCCACUGCACCGAUGCUGGCUUGGUAAUAGAUGGGAGCGUAUCAUUUCCAUUCAACGAUGGGACGCAGGCACUUUUGGAGAUUCAUCCUGAAGACUCACUUAUGACAGUUCAAAUGGACGACGCCUUGCCUUAUUAAUUUCCGACAUUUAAUGUAAUAUGUAAAUCAAAAAUCUAGGCUUAAUACCAAGCUAUAGCACAAACUAUACGUCUAAUCGAAUCGUUAACGCAUUUCUUAUGUUUUGCGAAGGUUUUUGGAAUUAAACUGACGUACUCACAUGUGAGUAUUUAUUAAUAUUAUAUAUAUAUAAAACAUUUGUCCAGCCAAAAGUGAGAAUAUCGUAUUCUAAAAGAACACGUUAGUGUAUUUGGAAUCGUUUACGAAUACUAUUCGAAAACGAAUGUCAUGCUUUAGUUCCAAAUAAACUUAGCUGCGUGAACUAUGCAAAUAUUUUUAAAUUCUGUCACAUAACAAUUCCUAUGUAGGGUUUACAAUACAGACUGUUACAAUUAUUAUAUUCCUAAACACUACAGUAAAAAGUAACUUAAAAGUAAAAAAGCUUGGCUUUCAUAAAUAAAAUAAAUUUAGUUUCUAAAUUGUCUUGUGAUAUUGAGUUUUUCGAGCUUCUGAAUUGUAUUUAUUCUAAGGACUGUGAAUACUUACCUAGUGUUGAACUAUGCAGUAAGACUGACUUUUUUAUUUCUCUUAGGUAUAAGUAAAUAGUUAAUCAAGAUGAAUGUUGAUCAAACGUUAGUUAUUUAAUAUAUGUCUGCAAGUUAUAUUGUUAUCCAUUUAUUAUAGAUUUAUAUUUAUAUAGAUCUAUAUGAAAAAACAUUUAUGUGUGGGUACAUUUAUAAAUAUGUUGUCUACCCACUUACAUAACAAUCAUGGUGGUUUCUUACAAGAUUUUCUUCAACUUGUAGUACUUUCUUUUACUAUAUACUUGAUAAUUGCUGUCGAAUCUUGUAACCAACCUCUGAGAAUCGUAAUGCAGCAUAAAAUUAUUUGAGAUUUUAUUGUUAAAUAGUGUAUCAAAAGUAAGAUCUUGCAAUUAUUUAUUUAUAAAUUAUUUUUCAGUAUAUAGUUUAAUAUACGAAAUAAAUUUACGUAAAAGUUUGUUUAAA